AUGAUUACAGUACUUGAAUUUAACCAUCGCAAGAAAGAUUGGCAUCCAGACAAUAAAAAAAAGCAGCUAGAAAUUUUUCCACUUUAUACGAAUGGCAAUAAAGAUUGGCAGCUAGACAAUAAAAAAAAGCUAGAAAUUCCUCCAUCUCUUUAUAUACUACAUUGUGAAGUUCUUGGGAAUGAUGAUUUUGUUAUGAUUACACGUAUUGGUAUAAUUAUCUGGACUUUUAGAUCUUCUAAAGGCACUAAGACGAAAGAAAUUAAGAUGCAUUAUUAUUGGAAUGAUUGUAAUGGCCGUUUAGAGAAUUUCGUAUUUGACCAUAAUGGUAGUUUAAAGGAAUUCGACUUCAGUGACUUAAAAUUUGAGGAUCGCUUUAAGAAUUGGACUUCAGAAAGAAUUCUCCCUGCUUCAAGCUAUAUAACAAUCUAUUAUAAUUUAGAUGUUGUAUUUGGCGAAACACUGCUUUUCGAACAGUUUUUAGAAGAAAAUAUUUUUGAAGAAUUUUAUUUAACUUGCUAUGGAAAAAAUCUUAUGGAAACAUUUAUUUUAUUAAAGGAAAAUAAAUGGAUUAGAUCUUUAGGCGACAGCUGUAUUGAAAAGUGCAUGUGGGAUCGGAAUAAUAAUCAUCUAAUUUUUAAAAUUCCUUUGCUAAGUAUUAUUUUUGAAAAAUUUAUUGAAUUAUCAGAAAAUGAUCCUGAAUUUAUUGCAAGCGUUUUAGCUAUAAUAGCAUUUAUAGUUCCUAAUAACGAAAUAAGUUCGGAUUCAAUUUCUUCUCACCUUUCUAGUUAUGGAAAACAUUGUCAUUUAUCUAAAACAUCAUAUUUUGAUACAUUUAGCUCUAAUCUUUUGGAUCUUUUGAAUAGUUUUCAAAAUCGUUUUCAAAAUUUUCAAAAAAAUUAUCCUCUUUUACAAAAUUUUAUUGUAAAGCUUUAUGAAAAUCUAGUUAAACCAGUUAAGGAGUUUUAUUAUGUAGGUAAUAGUUCAACAGUUCUUGCUAUUCCUCUACCAAACUUUGUUUCAUAUCCAAAAAAAUAUAGUUUUUGGAAAGAAUUAAUAAUGCCUUGUUCCAACUGUUUUACAUAUUCAAAUAAGCUUGAAAUGAUAAAUGAAGAAUUUUAUAGAUAUUUAAAUGGAGUAGCACUACUUAAUUUCAAAUGGAAUACUUAUGGAAGGAAAUAUUAUUUUGCAAUUUGGUUAAUCUAUACAGUUUUUCUUAGUAGUUUUAUCACUGUUUCCACUUUAUAUAAUGAAAUUUCUUGGAAUUUUCAAAAAUUUCUCUUGAUCACUGCUAUUAUUCUUGGAUUUUGGCAUCUAAUUUUUGAAAUUCGUCAAUUUAUUUAUUCACCUCUACAUUAUUUUUCAAGUAUUUGGAAUUAUCUAG